GAUAAUGGAAGACGAGCGACCAUUUCAAAGGAUAAAGAGAAUCCUAUACGCAGAUGUUGUACGAAUUCACAACCUCACACCUUUUUCUCUCCUGACAUAAAUCCAGAAAACAAAGUGAGCUCCAGCCGAAAGCAUUCGAUUAUCCUUUUCUCCCCCUUUUCCAUCUUCACUUCUUCGGACUCCCUAAUUCUUCAAUUCCUCUGCGAUUCUGUAUAUUCCCUGCCGCCAUGACUUGAAGCAUUGUUCAGAUGAACUAGUGGGCUGUUACAUUUGAGUGAAGCUCAUGGAGUGUGAUUCCGGGAACUGCUCUAGAGAAAACACAAAGUUGGGAGCUAUGUUGACUUUUGAGAAGGCAAACAUAUCUUAUGGAGACUUCAACUGUGAAAAUGUGGGUCUAUUUACACCCAAGUCACUCCAGAAGAAGCAUAUUGACAAGAAGGGAAGUGAUAAAGAAGAAGAGCUCGUUAGAUACAUGUCGAGUUUACCUACCUAUCUGCAGGUAGGAAAAGCCCAGCAGGAAAAAGCUUUUAAUGUUGGAGUGCUUGAUUGGAAGCAUCUAGAAAGGUGGCAAAGUAAAGCUAAGCAAAUGCCUUCAAGGUUCAAUGUGGUUUCACCACCAUCGACUAGCAGCAAUGCAUCGUCAUUCUCGUCAACAGAAGAGUCAUCAUCCAAUUCCAGCAGAGAAUACCUUGCGCCAUACCUCAUGAAAGUAAAAUUAGAUUUUAAAAGUUGUAAAACAGUUCGAAUUGGGAAACAGGGGCCUGCCACACAGCGAGCUCAAUUACAAGCAACCAUCACAAAUGGCGUUCCUCAAUUUAGAUUCUCAGUUGAGAAGGAAGAUGAGUGUGUAACAGCCACGGUGGAGCGAUUGUCUUCAUCCACGAAGAACAACAAUUGGAUCUAUACAUUCUCUACUAUGCAUGACAUGAAGAAGAAGAAGAAGAAAAAGGAUAGAAACAAAGUGACAGGAAAUAUUUCUAGUGCCGUCAUCGCUCAAAUGAAGGUUUCUGAUGUUCAAUCGUCAGACGUCAUUAUUAGGGAGUUUGUUUUGUUUAACACAGGCAGCAUAAAUCAACAAACUUCAGAGCUUGCAGCCAUUGUUGUGAAAUUUUCAGAGUGUGAAGAGAUUAGCAUGAAUGUGAUUAUUCCUGGUGGUGAUCAUGGACUUCCCAAAAAAGGGGAGCCUUCUUCACUCAUUGAAAGAUGGAAAUCCGGUGGGUCGUGUGACUGUGGAGGUUGGGAUUUGGGAUGCAAACUAAGAAUCCUUGCCAAUGACAGUGCCAUGGGCAGAAAAUCUAGAGUUCCAUUGAGUGGUGGACAGUUUGAGCUUUUCUCUCAGGGAGGAGAUCAUCAAGAAAAUAUGGCUGCCCUCAGGCUGUUGGGCCCUUUCAAAGAUGGGAUCCUUUCUGUGGAGUACGCUUCAUCUCUCAAACUCUUGCCAGCAUUCUCCAUUUGCCUCGCUAUUCUAAACGUUAGAAAGCGAUACGGAUCCUGAGGGGUUUCUCUCAUCUUCAGACAACAACGAAAGGCCUUCCCGAAACUGAAAAUGAGAAAGUCGAAGGCCAUGCGAAGGUGUUAUAUAGGGAGAACAACUCAUGUAACACUAGUAAAUAUAGUUGUAAUUUGGUGGCAGAAUAAUAAUAUAGAUAGAGUGCAGCAUUGUAGUAUCAUCUGAGUAUGAAAUUGAAUUUGAUGUGGUAGGGGAAGCAAAUGUGGACUCAAAUAAUUUGGGCUACCAUGA